CCCCGCCCCCUCCCGCAGCAGCCAUGGCGGCGCUCGGCGGUGACACGGCCUCGGCCAGCAGCGCGGGCGCGUGGUCGCUGCGGCACGUGCACCUGUCCCUGCGCGUGGCCUUCCCGGCGGCGGGCGCGGGCGCGGGGCGGCUGCGCGGGAGCGCGCGGCUCGAGCUGCUGCGCGCGCGCGGCGGCGCGGGGGGGCAGCUGCGGCUCGACACGCACCGCAGCGUCAGCGUGAGGCGCGCGGCGCUGCUCCCCCCGGGCACCCCCCCCGACCGGGACACCCCCCCCACCGGGGACCUCUGUGAUGGGGACCCCCGCGAUGGGGACCCCGCGCCGGACGCGCUGCAGCCGCUGCCGGUGCAGAUCCAGCCCUUUGCCAGCUUUGGCCAAGCGCUGGUCAUCACCCUGCCCAGCCCUGCCCGCGACGGGCAGCGCCUCACGCUGCAGAUCGACUACGAAGCGGGCGACGGGCCCGGGGUGUGCUGGCUGGCGCCCGAGCAGACGGCAGGGAAGCGGAAGCCCUUCAUGUACACCCAAGGCCAGGCUGUCCUCAACAGGUCCUUCUUCCCCUGCUUUGACACCCCGUCCAUCAAAUGCACCUACUCAGCCACGGUGAAGGUCCCUGAGGGUUUCGUGGCUGUGAUGAGUGCCACAAGCUGGGAGAAGAAGGAAGACAACACCUUCGUCUUCAAGAUGUCCCAGCCAAUCCCCUCCUACCUGAUCGCUCUGGCCGUCGGGGACAUUGUGGCUGCUGACGUCGGCCCAAGGAGCCGUGUCUGGGCCGAGCCCUGCCUGAUCGAGGCUGCGAAGGAGGAGUACGAUGGGGUGAUUGAGGAGUUCCUGGCAGUUGGAGAGAAGCUCUUUGGACCUUAUGUUUGGGGCAGGUAUGACAUCCUGUUCAUGCCGCCCUCCUUCCCGUUUGGCGGGAUGGAGAACCCCUGCCUCACCUUCGUGACGCCGUGCCUGCUGGCCGGGGACCGCUCCUUGGCCGAUGUCAUCAUCCACGAGAUCUCCCACAGCUGGUUUGGCAACCUGGUCACCAACGCCUCCUGGGGCGAGUUUUGGCUCAACGAGGGCUUCACCAUGUACGCCCAGAGGCGCAUUUGCACCGAGGUCUAUGGUUUGGCGUACACGUGCCUGGAGGCUGCAACGGGAAGAGCCCUCCUGCGCCAGCACAUGGACACCACCGGCGAGGACCAUCCGCUCAACAAGCUGCGGUUGGUCAUUGAGCCAGGGAUCAAUCCCGAGGACACAUACAACGAAACGCCCUACGAGAAGGGCUUCUGCUUCGUGAGCUACCUGGCACAUCUUGUGGGGGACGAGAGCAAGUUUGAUGCCUUCCUCCAGGCCUACGUGAACCGGUUCAAGUUCCAGAGCAUCACAGCGGACGAUGCCCUCAGUUUCUUCCUUGAGUACUUCCCAGAGCUGAAGGAGAAAGGUGUGGACUCCAUCCCAGGCUUGGAGUUCAGCCGCUGGCUGGACACGCCGGGCUGGCCGCCCUUCCUGCCCGACCUCUCGCCGGGGGACGCGCUGAUGAAGCCGGCAGAGGAGCUGGCAGAGCUCUGGGCAGCCGAUGGCUUGAACAUGGAGGUGAUUGAAGCCGUGGACAUCACGGCUUGGAGGACGUACCAGCUGGUCUACUUCCUGGACCAGGUCCUGCAGAAAUCCCCCCUGCCACAAGGCAACGUGGAAAGGCUGAGCAAGAUGUACCCAAAGGUGUCCAGGUGCCAGAACGCCGAGCUGCGACUCCGCUGGUGCCAAAUAAUCCUCAAGAACAACCUUGAGGCCGAGUACAGCAAGGUCAAGGACUUCCUCCACAGCCAGGGGAAGCAGAAGUACACCCUGCCCCUCUACCGCGCCAUGUGGGCCGGGCCAGAGCCAGCCCGGGCCCUGGCCAUGGAGACCUUCUCUGCGACAGCUCACCAGCUCCAUGUCCACGUCCAGAACUACGUCAAGAAGAUCCUGGGCAUGGAGGUGGCCGAGGCCUAGUGCAGCCGGGGCGCUCCUCGGCAGGACCUCGCUGCUCCCUCCUUCACUGCACCUUUCCUGAUUAAAAGCUGUACUUUUUCCUCUG